UUGUUGUUUUUUUAGGAUACUGAGAGAGUCCCCUCGCUGGUUGGUCGUGAACGGCAGGUAUGAUGAGGCUAAAUCCUGGAUAAGUAAGGCGGCCAAAUGGAACCAUAAAGACGCGGCCCCUAUCCUCAAUGAUCUCAAGUUUUCCUUAGAGAGUGGACAAAGUCAAGAACAUGGUGAAAACAACGCAAACUCGGGAACUAUCAAUCCACAAUUAAAUGACGUCAGUGAAGGGUCAGAGAAGGUUAAGGUGUACUCCCAUCUGAAGGAGAAGUUGUCGGUACUGGAUAUAUUCAGGAGUCGGCGGAUCCUCAGAACAUCUGUCAUUGUGUGGAUCAUAUGGUUUGUGAACAGUAUCACCUAUUAUGGCCUCUUUCUGACAUCCGGGAUAAUGGCUGGAGACAUGUAUCUAAACUACUUCUUGAAUGGAUUGGUCGAAAUACCCAGCGUGUUUUUGUACAUGUUUACCAUAAACAGAUACGGUAGGAAGAAAACCUGCAUAAUGUUCCACGCUAUUGCUGGGGUUUGUUUGUCACUUUCAGCAGUCCUCAUGUACCUAAAAGAUUCAUCAGUGAUGGAAGGAUUCGCCACUGCCUUCAGUUUUGUUGGGAAGUUUGGUAUAUCUGGAUCCUGGAUGACGAUUUUCCUAUAUACAGAGGAAGUGUAUCCCACUAAUCUGAGAGCUCUCGGAAUAGGACUUGCCUCGUGUUCUGCCAGAGUAGGAGCGAUAAUUUCACCAUACGCAGCUUUUUUUGGAACACAUAUUCCAUGGGGCCCGGGAGUGGUGUUUGGAAUUAUGUCAGUGUUAGUGACUAUUCUGAUAAUAUGGCUGCCCGAGACAACUGGGAAAGAGUUACCUAACACUCUAGAGGAGGUUAACGAACUUUAUAUCGUCAAGAAAGAUGAUCAAACAAAUGUUUCCUGAUUCAAACUUAUAUGAAACUACAAAGAUUUCGUGUUUUAAAGUUAGGACAAUUCCUUCUACAAAAUCAGCAUACUUUGACUUAUCAUCAUUGAAUGCUUAGUUUAUAUAAUGUAACAGGGUUUCGAUAAAGGACGAAAUCCUGUGGCUCAGGUUCUCAUAUAUCAUUUAUCAAAGAUGAUGAAUGUGUUAGACAAGCAAAAGCCCUGAAAAUAUAAAUAACAAAUUAUAAGUAUUUAGAAAACAAAUAUAUUGCAUUUAUGAUACAUGAAUAUAGAUAUGAAUUACUUUAUAAUAAUAUAUCAUAAAAAUAUUACAUGUUAUACUAUGUUAUACUGAGUAUUCAAUAAAUAUACAUGUAAAAAGAAAAGUAAGAGUUAUGCCCCUUACAUCGAUAUCUUGAAAAUAGGAAAAAUAAAUCAAACAGAACUAUUACAAUGGAAUGAAUAGUUCACAAAUCUAUUUACAAUAACAUACAGUACACAAAUAAUAAAAAAUAACAGUUGGUAUACCUGAUUGUGGUUCAGGGCUCAAACAAUGAACUCAGUAUAUCUUCAUAAGAUUACAUAAAUCAAAGACGACAAAUUAUCGAAAAGUAUAGAAUUAAAAUAGAUAAAAGAAAUAGAAGUCAACUUACAGUCUCUGUCCUGGGGUCUCGUCUCAAAUAUGUAAUGAAAAUAUGUAUAUAAAUAUGGUGACCAAAAUAUCGAUCUAAAUCUCUCAAUGGUCUAUCUCUGUCUUAGCGAUCAAACAAAGAGAUCGGCGGGAAAACAUCCCGAGCCAAUCGCAAGCUUGGUUAUUACAACUGACCAAUAAUAUUAAACAUCCUCAGGAUAAGUAAAGGCUUCUAGAACAUAAGUAAGAUUAAAAACCAAGUAGUAUUGUAAUAUUUUAUUGACAAUGCGCGCAAAACUCCGCGAAUAUCGAAACGCGUUGCACGAUUCAAAAAAU